AUGCUUAAUCAAUGGGUUCCAAUAAGGAACUUCAUAAGAAACAAAGCAACAAUAGUAGGAGAUGAAGUAAGAUUGUCAAAUAGAAGAGUUAUGAAAAAAAUUCAAAUGGGUAAAGCAAGACCUGCUAUUUUUUAUCAAUUUGAUCAAUUUAUAGAAUUAAGUGAUGGUUCGGUAAUUAAAAGAAAAUCUCAAAUUCCUAAAGAUGAACUAAGAAUGAUUAAUGAUCAAAGAAAUAGUAUCAAAUGGAAUCCUCAUAGGUCAGACUUAGACACUUCAGAUUUGACUGCUGCUGGUAAAAUUGGUAAAUUCAAAGCUAAAUUUGCUCAAUUUGAAGGUGAACAAGUCGCAAACCAGAAAGAUUCUACUCCAGAACUGCAAGAAGCUCUCAGAUCCAAAGAAAAAGAACGAGCUAGACAAAAAGAUAAGGAAUUAGUUGAAAUGAUGGGAGAAGAUGCUGUAGAAAUUGUUGGUGGUGGUAAUUUAUAUGAUAAAAAAGCGGAAACUAAAAGAAGAAAAGGUAAAUAG